AUGAGUGACGAUGUUAUUAAACAUUCUGUGCAUACGUUAGUAUUCAGAUCUUUAAAAAGAUCUCAUGAUAUGUUUCUAUCGAACCAAGGAGUACUUCCACCAAUAGAUGAAACAGCAGAGAAAAUAUUAAAAGCUACUAAAUCCAGGGACAGCUAUGGUUUAGUCAUGUCAGCUGUGCAAAAGGCACAAGCUAUUAAAGAGAGAGAAGCUAUGACUCGACCAGAAACUCCACUUGAUACAGAAAUUGCUGAGUCAGCAGCAAUUGCAUCUGAUGGUGCGAUGCUACCAUACACUGGACCAGCAGCUCCAUCUAGCACUGCCAUUACUCCCUUACCUCGCAAAGCUCCAGUGAUGCCUAGGCCAAAAUGGCAUGCACCAUGGAAACUGUUCAGGGUUAUAUCUGGCCAUUUAGGGUGGGUAAGAUGUGUUGCUGUUGAACCAGGAAAUGAAUGGUUUGCUACAGGAGCUGCAGACAGAGUAAUUAAGAUUUGGGACCUAGCAAGUGGGAAAUUGAAAGUGUCCCUGACUGGGCAUGUCAGUACAGUUAGAGGUCUAGAAGUAUCUGGAAGGCAUCCAUACUUGUUCAGCUGUGGUGAAGAUAGGCAAGUUAAAUGUUGGGAUCUAGAAUACAAUAAGGUAAUUCGUCACUAUCACGGUCAUCUAUCCGCUGUGUACACACUAUCUUUGCAUCCGACCAUUGAUGUACUUGUGUCAGCUGGGCGGGAUGGCACAGCUCGUGUAUGGGACAUGCGCACUAAGGCUAACGUGCAUACACUAACAGGGCACACGGAUACAGUUGCAUCUUUGGUUUGUCAGGCGGCUGAACCACAGAUUAUAACUGGUUCACAUGACUCAACAAUCCGACUUUGGGACCUUGCUGCUGGAAAGUCGCUUUGCACUCUCACGAACCACAAAAAGUCUGUCCGUUCUAUUGUUUUACACCCUACACUGUACACCUUUGCGUCUGCUUCACCAGACAACAUCAAGCAAUGGAAAUGCCCAGAAGGGAAGUUCAUACAGAAUCUAUCAGGGCACAAUGCAAUUGUAAAUUGUAUGGCAGUCAAUCCAGAAGGAGUAUUAGUAAGUGGGGGUGAUAACGGUACCAUGUAUCUGUGGGAUUGGAGAACAGGAUACAACUUCCAGAGAUUACAAUCUGCAGUACAACCUGGUUCUAUGGAUUCUGAAGCUGGCAUAUUUGCUAUGACAUUUGACCAGUCAGGGUCUCGUCUUAUUACAACUGAAGCUGACAAAACAAUAAAAAUUUACAAGGAAGACGACACAGCUUCUGAAGAAACACACCCAAUAAACUGGCGACCAGAGAUUUUGAAGCGAAGGAAGUUUUAA